AUGAAUCAUUCUACUUCCUCAACCUCCAUGGCCUCCUCAACCUCCCACAACCUCCUCCUCGGCCCUCACAACCUCUUCGUCAACCUCCCACAACUUCCUCCUCGGCCCUCACAACCUCUUCGUCAACCUCCCACAACCUCCUCCUCGCCCUCACAACCUCCUCGUCAACCUCCCACAACUUCCUCCUCGGCCCUCACAACCUCUUCGUCAACCUCCAGAACCUCCUCCUCGGCCAUCACAACCUCUUCGUCAACCUCCCACAACCUCCUCCUCGCCCUCACAACCUCUUCGUUAACCUCCCACAACCUCCUCCUCGCCCUCACAACCUCUUCGUCAACCUCCCACAACCUCCUCCUCGCCCUCACAACCUCCUCGUCAACCUCCCACAACCUCUUCGUCAACCUCCCACAACCUCUUCGUCAACCUCCCACAACCUCCUCCUCGCCCUCACAACCUCUUCGUCAACCUCCCACAACCUCCUCCUCGGCCCUCACAACCUCCUCGUCAACCUCCCACAACCUCUUCGUCAACCUCCCACAACCUCUUCGUCAACCUCCCACAACCUCCUCCUGGGCCCUCACAACCUCUUCGUCAGCCUCCAGAACCUCCACCUCGGCCAUCACAACCUCUUCGUCAACCUCCCACAACCUCCUCCUCGCCAUCACAGCCUCUUCGUUAACCUCCCACAACCUCCUUCUCGGCCCUCACAACCUCUUCGUCAACCUCCAGAACCUCUUCCCCAUCCAUCUCAACCUACACCACCUCCUCCGAUCCUACAGCCACUUCCUCGACCUCUGCAGUCUCCUUCUCGACCUCUAA